UAUUUCUAUGAGGAUAAAUUAGUAAUAAUUACAGGAUAGCUUUGUAAAUUCUAAUAUUGUAAGAGAUUAUUUGUAAUGCUAGGAUCAAAGCCAAGAGUUCAUUUGUUUAUUUUGCCUUGCUCUCAGCAGGUCUCUGCCAUGGGUGACAGGGGAACAAGCAAUCAUUCAGCAACGACUGACUUCAUUCUUGUAGGCUUCAGGGUCCACCCAGAGAUCCACAUUCUCCUCUUUCUGCUAUUUCUGCUUGUAUAUGCCAUGAUCCUUCUAGGGAAUGUUGGGAUGAUGUCCAUUAUUAUAACUGAUCCUCGGCUGAACACACCAAUGUAUUUCUUCCUAGGCAAUCUUUCCUUCAUUGAUCUCUUCUAUUCGUCUGUUAUUGCACCCAAAGCUAUGAUCAACUUCUGGUCUGAGAGCAAGUCCAUCUCCCUUGCAGGCUGUGUGGCCCAGCUCUUUCUCUUCGCCCUCUUCAUUGUGACUGAGGGAUUUCUCCUGGCAGCCAUGGCUUAUGACCGCUUCAUUGCCAUCUGCAACCCACUCCUCUACUCUGUUCAGAUGUCAACACGUCUCUGCACUCAGUUGGUGGCUGGUUCCUAUUUUUGUGGCUGCAUCAGCUCAGUUCUUCAGACCAGCAUGACAUUUACUUUAUCCUUUUGUGCUUCUCGGGUUGUUGACCACUUUUACUGUGAUUCUCGCCCACUUCAGAGACUAUCUUGUUCUGACCUCCUUAUCCACAAAACGGUAUCUUUUUUCUUAUCCAGCAUCAUUAUCUUGCCUACCGUCAUAGUCAUUAUUGUUUCUUAUAUGUAUAUUGUGUCCACAGUUCUAAAGAUACGCUCCACUGAGGGACGUAAGAAAGCCUUUUCCACUUGCAGCUCUCACCUGGGAGUCGUGAGUGUGCUGUAUGGUGCUGUCUUUUUUAUGUAUCUCACUCCUGACAGGUUUCCUGAGCUGAGCAAAGUGGCCUCCUUAUGCUACUCCCUGGUCACUCCUAUGCUGAAUCCUUUGAUUUACUCUCUGAGGAAUAAAGAUGUCAAAGAGGCUCUUAACAGACUUCUAGAGAAGAAAAAUACUAUUCUUUGAUUAUUAUUUCUCUUUCACCA